CAUCUUCCACGAGCCUCCUGCAGAGAUAUAGAGGAAGAUAUCGAAGAUGCCAUCGAGCUCCCAUCAAGCUAUGCUAAACCAGGGCUUGUUCGAGGAAAAAGAGAAGCUUGCUGCUGUUACUCAAAUGGGUUUCUAUACUUUUCCUCAAAACCUCACUUCAUCAUAUCCUCCUCCAUUUGCACCUGAUCAUGCAUUGCCUGAUCUAUCUGAAUCCGAAACCCUAUUCUCUCAAAGGCAUAGAGUACUUGAAACUGCUUCUGAUUUUGGAGGACCCCAACUCCCUUUUCUGCACAGAUCUACUGCAAAUUUCAGGCCAUGUGGAAACGAGUGUUUGGAAAGCAAGAAAAUUGGCGUACAAGAUCAUCAAGGGGUUUGUGCAAUGAAAAUGAAGAGGAUAAAAGCAAGAAGAAAGGUAAGGGAACCUAGGUUUUGCUUCAAGACCAUGAGCGAUGUGGACGUCCUUGAUGAUGGAUACAAGUGGAGAAAGUACGGCCAGAAAGUGGUAAAGAACACUCAGCAUCCCAGGAGUUACUAUCGGUGCACGCAAGAUAAUUGUGGAGUAAAGAAACGAGUGGAGAGAUUAGGUGAGGAUCCAAGAAUGGUGAUUACAAGCUACGAAGGGAGGCACGCUCAUUCGCCGCCUCACCAUCUGCACGACUCCAACGACUCGCAUUCUCACCUUAACAAUUUCUUCUAA